AAUGAGAGUGUGUGUGUGUGUGUGCCCUGCGAUGGGUUGGCACUCCGUCCAGGGUGUAUCCUGCCUUGAUGCCCGAUGACGCCUGAGAUAGGCACAGGCUCCCCGUGACCCGAGAAUAGUUCUGAUAAGCUGUAGAAAAUGAAUGAAUGAAUGAAUGAAUGUCUGAUAAUUGUGUGACUGCAAUAACCUAACGAUACUUUAAUUAUGAAGAUUUUCCUGGCUUGUCUGCCAUGUUUAAAUAUAUUUUGGUUAGCCGUUAGCAUUAUCGCAGGCUGAAUCCCAAACGGUUCCUGAUUAUAUAUGAAGUGAACUAAAGUAGCGCGUGAACGCCCAUAGAUAUCUAUGGUGAACGCCUUUACUUUCUGCCCUAUGUAUUGUACUAGUGUAGGGAACAAGGAGGCAUUUCCAGCCUCGGUGUCUCAUGUACCGAAUAAGCUGAGAAAAACAACGUAAAAUGUGUACAUAUCUAGCGAAACGUUUUAGUGGAAGAUGAUUUAUCAAUAGCAAUUCUUUGAUAACUUUCUUUACAUGAUAAAUCACAGCUUUGUUUGUUUGUUUGUUUUCUUUUAUCUCGGCUGUCUGAACUAACUUGCCCGUACUUGUCCACUGGUAAUGAAUAUUCAUGAGCGCGAGCCGGUGGACACUACAAAAGCAUCAUCAUGAAUACAUGCAUCAGAGUGUGAGAUAUUCUGGAAUGGAUGAAGGUUUCUGGUGCGAGAAAACCUCCAGCGUCAUAUCUACUGUACCACUGUGGAUAAUUGAAUAUGCAUGGACUAACCAGAUGAUGGAGGUGUUAGAAGUUUUAGGUCCUCCACUGUGGCUGGAAGGUGACCGGAGCAGUCUGACUCUUAAGGAUCCUUGUAGCAUCCGUGUGACAGCAGCCGAGUCCUGGAUGGUCAUCCGGGCCAGAGACAUUAAACACUUUGCACAGGUCAUGGAGUUCCUGGAUGUUACUCACACUUUACUACCUCAGCUAGUGACCCCCAUCAAGCACAUGAAGAUCAUGUUCGGACUGAAAACUUUGGUUAUUAUGUGGAUGUUUUGGGAGGACCAGAGCAUGGAAAUCAUUAGAGACAAGAUUGUAAAGCUGUUUCCUGACAGCCUUCCACAGUAUCAUAGAAGUAGUCAAAGGCAUAUUGAGUUGAUGCAGAAGGCCCAUCGGGACUUUAAAAAUUUUGCGCAGUUACUGACAAGAAAGCCAGAAAUGCUCAAAAACUAUAUUAGAAAUAAGAUGGAAGAGCAGUAUGGAGAACGCUACAUCAUAAAGUUGGAAGAGAGGUUGUUACAUUAUUUAAAAGAGCUGAACAAAGCUCUUCCACAACCCACCUACAUUGACCAGGUUCUAAAACGGUCCGGGCCGUUAAAGGGGACAGAGGAGUUACUGCAACAGUUAUUUACCUGUAAUAGUGCGUCUCCAGCCACAGCGCUAAAGAAACUGCUGAGAUGUGCUACAGGAAGCCACAUGGAUCAUAAAAGUGCAGAGAUGUGUAAGCAACAAAAAGGAGCUCAAGUCCAUGGACCAGUGUUUGGGCCUCUUUGUGUAGCUCUUAGGUUUCCUCUGGAACAGGCAGAGGAAGACUGGCUGUCCCAGGCAUCCUCUCAGAGCUCCUGGCUGAAUAGAGAUAAGAGUUUGGAAAAACAUAUGACAGUGUUGAAGAAGAAGAGAGUUUUAGAUCAGACUGACAAUGCUCUUGGUAUGCUUAAAGAGCCGUGUCCUCAGACCGUUGAGAUCGGACUCGUUGCUGAAGAGAAGAAAGCUGACGAUGACUUAACAGAGCACUUGUGCUCCAAACACGGCAAGAGAAUGAAGAGUAUCCUCCAAGAAUGCUCUGAGGAGCAGAGGAGUCAGGAACACAAAGCUUCACUGAUGCAUGUGCAAAGCUCUCCUCCACCACCUCACCCUCCACUUCCCCAAUCCAGUCCUCACGGUCUGACCUCAGCAUCUCCUCAACAUGACUCAUCUUCUACAAACAUUUCUCUGUCUUCUCAGCCAGAGUCUUUUUCAUACCUUUCAGUGGAUGAAGAGCGACAUGUUCUCCCUUUACAACUGAUGGCAUCUUCGCAGACAUCUCCAACAGAAGAAAAGAAAUCAAGUCCCUUCUCAGAACAAAAAAGCAGCAGCUUUUCGUUGGAAUCAUUAGAAGACUGGCCUUCUCCAGAAUGCUCAGUUCAGGUAGUCAGUCCUUCACUAACAUGCUCAAUUCAGCCAUCCUUAUCUCAAACAUCUUCAUCUUCAAACAGUAUUUCACCAUUUCCAGAAAACAUUAUUACACAAAAAUCAUCCUUGACUGAGCAGGAAUCGUCACAGGGAUUGAAGAAAAUAUGUUUGGAAUCUUCAUACCAUCAGGUUGGUUCACCAUCAUCUUCUGCAGCUCCAGCGGUGACUCUUAGUCCAAGCCAAAAUGAUGCGCAGGUUUCUUUAGAGUCAAGUGGCACAUUAGCAGGAAAACCAAGGCUCUCUUUAGAGACUCAGACUUUCCUCUUGGUGUCUAAUUGGCUUCAGCCUCAAGUGAAGCUCCACAGACUGAGCCAGCAUGAGUGUCACCAAGCCACACUGCCAAGUCGUGCUCCAGUUCCGUCAUCUGAAGAGGAAGAGGUAGAUGAAGAAGAUGUGUUUGAUGUCAAUUUACUGUUUUCAGCUUCUGAAUCAGACACACAAGACUCUGACGAUUCUGAUUAUGUUCCGUCCAAGAGACGCAGGUAUAGGUGAAGUGCAGAACAAAUGACUGUUGGACAUCGUGUGCAAUUAUGUAAGCUACCUAAUACCAGGUGUAUAUUGAUCAUUAACCAGACCUUUGUGGUACUCUCGGGUUUUAUAAUUCUGCUCCUUAAACUGCAGACUUUAAUCAAAAAUUAUAUUUGAUGUUAAUUUUGAUCUUUUUUUCUUUUUAAAGCAAAAACAUUCAAAUAAUUUCAGAUAAUUUAAUAUAAAAAUAACUUUAUAUGUGCUUUUAAAAUACCUCAUUUUUUAUUUAUUUAAUUUUUAGAACAGUUUUACAUUUUAUUACUUGUUUUGACAUUAAAAAAGUUUAAACAAUUAAACAACUUUGUAGGUCUUUUGCGAAUUACUUUCCAGUAAUUUUUUUUUGUCCAAUCACGUGUGUGAGCGUGUGCGUGAUUGUGCGUGCGUGUGUGUAUAUCCUGAUGGCAGUUUGACAAAACUUUGAGACAUGUGCACGUAGCCCAUGAGUGAUCGAAUCUACUGCUGAUUCAUGAACAUUUGUACUUAUGUCUGGGGAGUCUAAGGGUUAUCACAUUUAUUAAACAAAGUUUGUUGACACCGGACUUGACAGGUAGUUACAGUUGUACAGCACUGAGGAGCUUGAGUUACAAGUACUUGCAUU